UACGGCACAGAAAAGGGCCGUGGAGGUCCAGCAGGGAAAUGUGGACACACCUGUUAACUCUCAGAGGAUAACGACUGACAGCGACUGUAGAGGCAGUGUUAGCCUACUUACUUUCUUUCGCCACCCCAGUUAUCACACCUGUUGUUAUUUUUGUUAACAAACCGGUAGAGUAUAUAGCUUUCUGCUCAUCUGAUUGUGGCAGAAUACCAUCUGCGACAACUAUGUCGGGAAUAGCGUCGAAGCUUCAGCACGACCGGGAGAAGGCUCAGGGCAUCGGAUCAAACUCGCAUGCAGUAAAAUACCUAGGUCAAGAUUACGAGGUGCUGAGAAGGCAAUGCCUUGAGUCUGGGCGACUGUUUAAAGAUGAUACCUUUGAGGCAGGGGUGUCUUCUCUUGGAUUUAAAGAACUUGGACCUAGCUCAUAUAAAGUCCGCGGGGUCACCUGGAAGCGACCUACGGAGCUAAGCCGAAACCCCCAGUUUAUUCUUGAAGAUGCCACCAGAACAGAUAUCUGCCAAGGGGCUCUUGGGGACUGUUGGCUACUGGCAGCCAUUGCCUCACUGACUCUGAACAAACAAGUCCUGUCUCGUGUUGUUCCUUCUGACCAGAGUUUUGAGCAGGGCUAUGCUGGGAUCUUCCAUUUUGAGUUCUGGCAGUUUGGGGAGUGGGUGGACGUGGUGAUUGACGACCGUCUGCCCACCAAAGACGGAGAGCUGCUAUUUGUUCACUCAGCAACUGGCUCUGAGUUCUGGAGCGCCCUGCUGGAGAAGGCCUAUGCUAAGCUGAAUGGGUGCUAUGAGGCCCUGUCGGGAGGCACCACCACUGAGGGCUUUGAGGACUUCACUGGGGGGAUUGCAGAGGCCCACGACCUCAAGCAGGCCAGACCAGAACUCUUCAAAAUAAUCAAGAAAGCCCUGAACAGAGGCUCCCUCCUUGGAUGCUCUAUUGAUAUCACCAGCUCAGCUGAUUCGGAGGCCAUCACAUCACAGAAGCUGGUGAAGGGACACGCAUACUCUCUCACUGGAGCUGAUGAGGUGCGCACCAGGGGUGGUUCGGAGAAACUCAUCCGCAUCCGAAAUCCCUGGGGUCAGGUGGAGUGGACAGGAGCGUGGAGCGACAGAUCUUCUGAAUGGGACUCGGUCAGCGAUGAGGAUCGGGACAGACUGAAGAACGCCUCAGAGGAUGGAGAGUUCUGGAUGUCUUUUUCUGACUGGUUGCAUCAUUACUCACGUUUGGAGAUCUGUAACCUGACUCCUGAUGCCCUCUCUGAUGAUGAGGUGGAGAAAUGGUCCCUGUCCAAAUUUGAAGGAAGUUGGAGGAAAGGCUCAACUGCUGGAGGCUGCAGGAAUUUUCCAAACUCCUUUUGGCAGAAUCCUCAGUUUGUGAUCAAGUUGGAUGAGGAGGAUGAUGACCCUGAUGAUAACGAGGUUGGCUGCACCUUCAUCGUGGGUCUGAUCCAGAAGAACCGUAGGAGGAUGAGGAAGAUGGGCCAGGACAUGCACACCAUCGGCUUCGCCAUCUACGAGGUGCCUGACGAGUACGUUGGGAGGAGACAGGUUCAUCUGAAUAGAGACUUCUUCUUGCGCAAUGCCUCCAAAGCUCGCUCGGAGACCUUUAUAAACCUGCGCGAGGUCAGCAACCGCUUCUGCCUGCCUCCCGGGGAGUACCUUGUCCUCCCGUCCACAUUUGAGCCCAACAAGAACGGCGACUUUGCUGUGCGGAUCUUCUCUGAGAAGCAUGCUGACUUUCAGGAGUUGGAUGACCCUGUUGAUUGUCACGUAGAGGAGGUUCAUGUUGAUGAAGAUGAUGUUGAUGACCGGUUUCGCAACCUGUUUGGACAGCUGGCAGGACAUGAUUGUGAGAUUUCUGCCUUUGAGUUGCAAAGGAUCCUUAACAAAGUGGUUGCGAAACGUUCUGAUAUUAAGACCAGUGGGUUUAGUCUUGCCACCUGCCGUAACAUGGUCAAUCUUCUGGAUAAAGAUGGGUCUGGCAAAUUGGGCCUGGUAGAAUUCAAGAUCCUGUGGACAAAAAUCCAGAAGUAUCUGGACUACUACCGUGAGAGAGAUGCAGACAAAACUGGUUGCAUGAGUUCAGCUGAAAUGAGGAUGGCUGUCGAGGAUGCAGGAUUCUCCCUCAAUAACCCUAUGCAUCAGGUCCUUGUGGCACGCUACAGUGAUACCAAUCUCUCUAUUGACUUUGACAACUUCGUCUGCUGCUUAGUUCGCCUGGAAUCAUUGUUCAAGACAUUUAAGACUCUGGACAAAGAUGAUUCCGAAACUGUGGAGCUCACCCUCUUUGAGUGGCUAAAUGUGGCCAUGCUGUAAUGGCCCUGUUAGAAGAACAAUGACCAGGCCUUAAGGUCCAUCCCCUUUGGCGGAGUGUAUGCACUGUUUUGCAGUGUCCUGUUGCUUGUUAUUGUGCUCUAUUUUUGCUUCCCAUCAAUAGCCCUUUCCUAAUAGUUUCUCUAAUUCAAUUUCCUUUAGUUUUUUUUAGGGUAGCUAUACAACAUGCUGUGCUAAAAUAAUGAUCUAGCUCAAGUGAUUCAGAGCAUUUCAUGUCAUUACAUGUUUCUGCAAGUUUUCCUAUCUUAAUUCUCUGUGUGAUAUUUGAAAUCCAUAAAGAUUUCACAUUAUUAUAUAUAAUACAUAAAUAAAGACAAGGACCUAAAUCCAUGAAUAGGUCCUUGCAACUGAAAGAAAUAGUGCAUUUAUAUGCUUUCUUUUUGUCCAUGUUCAAGAAAAUAAAAAAACUAUUCCACCCA